GGGCGCCAUCUCGACAAAAAAACAAAAACAAAAAAAAACCAGCACCGACAAAGAAAACACGAGGGACAGAAUACAAUUCCUCCUUUCCUUCUAAAUCUAUCAGUCUCUCAAAAAACGAAAGAGAGAGAGGGAGAUAGUAAAUAAAGACGCAGAACAUUUAUUGAAAGAGGCGAGACUGAUCCAUCGGCGGAGAUGGCGAGCGGUGGUGGCCGAGCGAAGGGGCGGUGCAGCAGACCCGCCGCCGCAGCUGAACUCUGGCAUACUAACAGUGGCGCUUCGAGAGAACAGGUGUCGCGCAGUCUCAGUGGCCGAAGGAAAUCCCGAGAGAGGGCUGGUUAUCUCGCUUUCCUAGUGCGAACUAUUUAGUGGUGUUGAGGCUCCCUUAUGAGAGAUAGGAGAUAGUAGUGUUGUGGUGCUAAAGUGGUUGUGUGAAAGGAUAGAAAAAAAGAGUAUAUUACGAAGAGAGUAAGAGAAGCACUUCGAUCAAAGUGAAACUGGAGUUUAUGCCAAAGCACGACGGCCAAAACUUGGUCACCUACGCAGCUAAAAUGCCCUGUGAUCGGUCACUAUGACGCGAGAGGAGGCGCUAUAAUGGAGGCUGGCCGAGGGAGGCUUUUACCUUCCUUUCGCCUCGUUCGCUAGCACUGCUCUCCAUGCCUGUGGGCGACGCGGAGCUUUUGUCUUGAAGGACUUCAUGUGAUUGACGCGUGCAUUCGCAGGUGCUAGAAAUCGAGAUGGAUUUCAGUACAGUGAGCCGCCAGUCGCCCGGGUACAUGUGUAUGGAAAAUGGGGGCGACUUUGUUAGUACGAAUUUUAUGGAAGACGUCCGUUCAACCAAAGUGCCCACGGUGCUCGAGGACAUCGCCCUGCCGAGAGGCUGUGACGUGCGAACCGUAACUAUGAAUGGAUUUAGCAACUCUUGCCAAGGAAAUAUUAAUGAGGCCAAGAACUUUUCCUCUGCGCCGAAAGAAGCCCGUUCCAGGGAUUUGCAUGCGCUAGUAAAUGGUGAUCCUAAAAUAAACUUCGACGUCCGUCAUUCACAAGCGGGCGAGGUAUGUGCAGAGACGGCGCAGGCCAAGCGGCCGGAGCGCUUGCCUUCGCAGUCGUCGGUGUCGUCACUGCUCUCCUCGGCCUCGGCAUCCGAACGCUCGAUCUCGUUUUCGGAGCAGGAGACCGUGUGCGUGGGCGACCUUCAGCGCCGAUGCGGUGAUGCAGACAGCGACUCGCGUGUUCGCCAGCAGGGUUCCUUUUCCUCCUCCGACCAGCAGGACCCUUCGGAGUACCCGGGCGAUGACGAGCGCUUCCAGCCCGAAGACGAUGAGCUCUUCCAUCCCGACGACGACGACGACGACGAGGAUGAGGCAGGGCAGCCCAUGUUAACGGGCGUCGACAUGAGACAUGCCGAAGUAAACAUCAAGUCCACGAAUGAGGUGGUUUUCGGCACAAAAGAAGUGUAUAACAUCUCGUCACCGCUGACGGAGGCCGUCCCCAACAUCAUCAACAUCAUGAGUCCGAAGGCGGAGACGCCGGGCGGGAGCGCAGAGGCUUCGACGUCGGAUUCCCGCGGCGGCGCCAGGGGCCACCCUCUCCACCUCAACAUAAACAAGGCACAGCAUGCGGCUCAGGCGGCGGCGAUCCCUAUGAUGUGCCGGCCGCACAGCCCCGUCAUCAAGUCCCAGUCCACGCCCAUCCCCGUGUCCUCGUACGGCCUCACGAGCCCCGUGAUGUCCCCCCACCAGAUCUCGAUGGCCACGGCGAUGGGUGUUCAGCAGGGGGCGGGCGUGCUCAACAUCCCCAUGCCCUCGCCCAUGCUCAGCCAGACCAACAGCCAGCUUAGCAUGAGCCACCCUCUGGCAAGUGCCAUGGCCGCCCCUGCCAGUCGGAUCAACCUGCCCACGGUCACCACGCCCACGAGCCAGGUCAACAUCAGUGACCCAGACAACGUCGUGGUGGGAACGCAGGUCGUCAUCCGCUGCAAUGAGCCCCACGAGCACCGCCACGUUGAACCUCACGCAGCCAACAUCGACUCCACCCUGGCGGAGGUUCGGGGGAAGCUGGCCACCGUCUAUCGAACCCAAACGAAGACCUCGCUCCUGCCGUGGCUGAAGGGACACCAGGCCAUCCCCAUGAACGAAUUCUACACCAACUCCCGCAUCCUGGCCGUGGACAAGCAGGGUAAACAGACAAGCCAGGCAGUGGACCUCGUGAAGGAUCUGAUCAGCGAGGAAGAGACGAAGUUCCUGGUGGAGGGGGAGCCUGGGAUGGGCAAGACGCUGCUGGCACUCAAGAUGGCGAUCGACUGGGCCAACGAGAAGAGCCUCCAGCAGUUCAAGUUCGUCUUCCUCAUCUUCCUGCGGGACUUCAAGGGCAGCCUCGAGCAGUACAUCAAGGAGGAGCUUUUGCCUUCGGGUUUCGAUGAAAAAUUCAAGAAGGUGUGGGAGUAUUGCAAGAACAACGAGGAGCAGGUUCUGUUCAUCCUGGACGGCUACGACGAGCUCAACAAGAACGACGAGGGCGAGAUUCAGAACCUGCUUCGGUACCGCGACUUCCAGAAGAGCAAAGUGGUCGUGACUUCGCGUCCGGACGUCCUCAAGACCAUCUUCCAACGGACGAUCGUCAAGGGCUUCAGCGAGGAGCAGAUGAUGGAGUUCAUCGGCAAGUACUUCCGGCUCUCGAACGAGGAGGAAUGUGGCCGGAUGCUGAAGCAGAUCAUCGAGCGCGAUUACAAGUACCGGAAGCUGGCCAAGAGGCCCCUGUUCUGCGUGCUGCUCUGCAUGCUCUACGACUCGGAGAGGAGCGUCGCCAAGCUGCCCGAGAAGCUGUCCGACAUGAUGUUCAAGAUCAUGCUGUGCCUCAUCAAGUGGAACAACAACAAGGGCGCGACCGACGGGAACGCGGGAUCGGGCGACGGGAACAUCGAGGCGUUUCCGCCGGAGUACCAGGAGAAGUUUCUUAGCUUUGGCAAACUGUGCAUGGAGGCGCUCAAGACGGAUAAGACGCGCUUCAGUGAGAAGCAAAUAGAAAACUUUUCUCUCCUGGUGCCACUAGGAUUUUUGUCGAGUGACAGUGAGAACCACGUGUACGGACGCAAAAAGUUCUACAAACCCGUUCAUAAGAUAUUCCUGGAAUAUCUCGCCGGCCUGUACAUGGCCGACACUAUCGAGCGGGACCGACGAGAACACAAGGAUUUCACGGCCAUCUACCGCCACGAGCACGUCCUCAAGUUCAUGGUCGGGGUCCUCGGGAAGCGAGCCCACCUGGCGCUGGAGGGCAAGCGGCAGCAGGAUUUCCGACACAUGAAGGACCAGGAGAUCCUGAUGCUCCUCCGAGAAGCCGGGACGACGCCGGACAACUGCCGCGCCGUCGCCAGGCUGCUCGACCGCGACUACCACCGCGUCUACACCAGCGAGGUCGACUUCGAGGGCUGGAGCUCCAUUCUCGACCAGAAGUUCCACAUGCUCAAGAACCUCGAGCUGGUGUGGCGCAUCAAGAGCAACAACCCGGACCAGGAGAGCUCCUUCAACGAGGCGAGUCCGGAGCUCUACCGGCAGUUCUUCAGCGCUCUCCGAAGGAACAAGAGCAUCUCCAUGAUAAGGGUUCGGGCCACGCAGGACGGCGAACCUUUCUCCGAGUCGAAGAUCAAACUCUUCUUCUCGCACUUCAAGGAAGCGCUCGAGAAGGAGAACCUGAAAGAGCUCGAGAUAAAGGAGCUGAAUAUGAACGUUCUCAACGGGAAGGUCUCGUCUAGUCUUGUGCAAGCGGUCGCGGAGGCAACAUGCAACUCGGGGAGGAAGGCCCUCGAAGCCCUGGAGGUGCUACGACUUGACAUGUUCCUCGACGACGACGCCCUCCACAACCUGUGCGACCGCCUGAGGAACGACUCGCCCAAGCUCAAGGAACUGCAGCUCACCGGCCUCGUCCACGGGCGCCAGGGCUUCAAGAGUCUGGUGGAGCUGCUGAAGAAAAAUAAAAAUCUCCAUAAGCUGCAUUUGUCCAUGAACAGAGCUCAGCUGCAACAUGACACGAGCGUCUUCAUGAGCAGAGAUUACACGCCAACGCACAUGAAGAUGGAGCUGAUUCGCAUGUCCACGUAUGCAAACAGAAAGAGUCAGGAUGCCUUUAAUCAAACUGCCCAAGAAAGUCAAGAGGGAUGUACUCUUCCGGACCCAACCAAAGAACUGAGUUACCUGUUUCACGAUCCUCUCAAGACUGGCGUCAAGUUCAUCCACGGAGCUAAGGGUUUCUGUUUCGUCAGGGACCAAGAUGUCAGGCUUCCCCUUCCGCUGUGCAUGGGACGAGGUCACCAGUCUAUAUUCCAUGACCUCUUCUCGGCCCUUCCGGAAACCAGCGUGCAGAAGCUGACCCUGGCUGACCCCUGUCUCUACCUCACAAAAGCUGACCUCGUGUGUCUCGGAGAUGCCAUCAGGAAGACAAAGCACUUGAGCAGUCUCAAUCUCCAAGGAUUAUAUAAGGUCGAGUGCUACAUGCCCGUCCUGCUCGGCCUGGGUCAGUCUCCAUCGCUUACCACAGUGAAGCUCGACUCUCGCCAUGUGGUUCUCUCCGAUACCGCAUUCUUCUUGGCUUGUACGGCGCUGAGGAAUAACACUACACUUAAGACGCUGUCCUUAGCACGCUGGUCCUUUAUUAUACAGGACAAAGCCCAGGCUGCACGUUACUUCACGGACCUGCUCAGCUCGUGGAAAGUCCAGGACCUGAACCUCGACCACUGUUCCAUCGACAUCGGCCAGUCCCUUCAGCCUGCCUUCCUCCCCCCACCCAUUCUCAUUCCCGUGAUGGGUCCUGCGCAAAGCUGGUCCAGUAUCAGUAUGCUGAGACUCGCUAAUGUCAAGCUGAUGGAGCCACUGGGCUUUCUUCGGAGCGGGCAUCUCCUGUUGCCUGUUCUGAGGAGCUGCCCGAAUUUAACUCAUCUUGACUUGUCAGUGUCUCAGGCUAACGCCACAUCCCUCGACGAUAAGACCACAUGCAAGUUCUUCCAGCUCUUGGGAACCUAUUUCAAAAAGCUGCAAGAGCUGUCCCUCGGAAGCUGGGAGUUCAAGUUCGAACACUACGAGGAGACGUGCAAGGCUGUCGGUCAGCAUGUGCGUUCUUGCACCGAAUUAAAGAAACUUAACCUUGACGAGGCCAGCGAAGUGAGGUCGGGCUUGUCCCCUUUGCCCUGCCGAAUGACCUUUCUGCACAACCUGGUGCACCAUCUGCCUCGCCUCUCUGAACUGUCGCUCUGCAAGUACCGAAUCGAUAAGAUGGAGUUCGAUCGCGACACGGCACAGCGCCUUGGCACUUGUUUCCACGACCACUGGAACACGACGACCAAGUUCGAGCUCAAGUUCUUCGGUUUGUACCCCGAAGUCCAGGCUGUGCUGGAGAAGUCGUUGCGAAAAGUGAACUACUCAGUGGAAAUCAGUCAGGGGUCUCCGCUCAUCACUUUCACGGUCAAAAAGAAAGGUUUCUUUUCCCCUUGAAAGUUCCGGGCUGUAGUUUCCUACCGUUCCCAUUAGGAGUGCUCGGUUCCCGGAUAAGAGGCGUCGCCGUGGAGGGAAAGAUGCACUGCUACUGGGCACGGUAGAAUACUGCCGCCCAUAAAAAAUAAACAGUUAGGGGGGUUGCAUGUGGAGGCAGGUGGAGGCGAAGCUCUUGCCGUUGAAAGUAGGAAUGGUGAACGAGAACAGGUUAUGGCAAACGCUUAUGCGCCUUUGGUUUAUUUUCCCAUUGUAUUUCCCCAUUCUCUCUCUCUCUCUCUCUCUCUCUCUCUCUCUCUCUCUCUUCUCUCUCUCUCUCUCUCUCUCUCUCUCUCUCUCUCUCUCUCUCUCUCUCUCUCUCUCUCUCUCUCUCUCUCUCUCUCUCUCUCUCUCUCUCUCUCUCUCUCUCUCUCUCUCUCUCUCUCUCUCCAUACCUUCCUUCUACUCAAGUAUCCAUAACGAUGUAAAAAAACAAAACAAAAAAACAAAUUGCACUGAUACCAUAUAUUGACUAAGAAAUAUUUCUGUUUUAAUUUACAAUUUGAAAGGAAUAUUACUGGGAAAUAUCCACUGGCACUCUUGUUCUUGCAUGUCUUGGUAUGUGCUGUUUAUGGUAUUAGUUAUAUACACAGUGACAUAUGAUGCUCAAAUAUGUAUAUUAGCGUCCGAACCUGUAUACCAAGUGUAUACAGAUUUGUAUUCUUUAUUCACCUUAAGACAUAAAAGACAUAUAUCUGAGGGAGAGAGAAAUUAGCAUAAAGGUCUGGAGAUGAUUUGACUUAUUCAUCUAAUGUUAUUAUUUUGCAAUUCAGUCAUUUUCAUGCCUGUUUAUCCCGGCAGCUGCUUUACACAUUUUGUCAACUGUGAAAAGAUUUGCGUUAUCAGUGUAUAACCAUUCCCAUGAGUACAAAAUUAAGAGCGGAAAAUUGGUUUACAUACAUUUGAACACACACAAAACACACACACACACACACACACACACACACACACACACACACACACACACACACACACACACACACACACACACACACACACACACACACAUGCAUACAUACAUACAUACAAUCACACACACACACAAAUAAGCACACACACACACGCACGCACGCACGCACGCACGCGCAAAAUGCAGGUCCAAUAACUUUGAACCCUAACGAAAAAAAAAGCUACCCUUAAGAUAUUUUCAGAAAGGAUUAAAGAUCUGUGAAUAUCAAGAAAAAAAAAGUAAAGAAAAAA